CGUAACGGCGACGCGCGGCCGUUGGUCGAUCUCCGUCGAAUGUUGGUAUAAAAGAGGCCUGCCGAGCUGUUUCGAGCAUCAAUCCGACUCUCCAAACCAACCACCAAGCUUCACGUCAAGCGAAACAAUCUACGAAAUGAAGUGCAUCGCGGCUAUCGUUUUGCUCGCCCUGGUCGGCGUAGCUCUAGCGAAACCUCUGGAAACGGAGUCGAUCGAGCCAUCGAAGCCGGAAUCGGCGGUGGCAGAGGAAACGGAGACCGCGAUCCGCGACAAGAGAGGAUUGCUGCUGAGCGCAGCUUACACCGCACCGGUCGCUUACAGCGCGUACACCGCCCCGGUCGCCUACACGUCUGCUUACACCAGCUACCCUUACGCCGCUUAUGCCGGCUACCCUUACUACGCGGCUGCCUACUCGGCGCCGUACUACGUUCUCUAAACCAUCCAUCCACACCACCGACCUACGACUGCAAUCUCGACGACUGCACCGAUCGACGACAGCAACAGCAACAGCUUUCCACGAUUCCAUCGAUCGAGAUGCACGAACAAUCGCGCGGAAGGAUGGAUAGCACGAUAUCAGAGGAAAUUACCGAACUCGGGAAUAUAAUCGAGGAUAAUUAUAGGAUAAUAGUCUUUUCUAUGGACGUGAUUGCCAGAUGCUAGCAUCUAUCCGCGCUCUACUAACAACCUAACAUUGAUACGUAAUUGUACGUGUAAUAAAUUUCGUUGCAAAG